UUGAAAGAGAGGAGAGUGAAGCAGCCUCUCAGCUGUGUUGAGAGACAGGCGCAGACAGAAUCGCUUGUUCUGUGGAACCCCGAACCCCUGCUCACGGAGUCAAUUCACCAGAGCGAACACAGCUGCACACUUCUGACACGGACGGGCAGGCGACUGAUUCACAGGGUGACACUCCCACAGGGGGACGCAGAGGGAACACGCGCGGAGGAGAGAGAUUUCCGGAGAGACAGGAGAGAAGACAAUCACACUGGGAGGGAAGAAGAUGAAUUGCGUCAAGGACUUCUUCACCUACGAGACGACCAAGUCUGUGGUGGUGAAAAGUUGGACUAUCGGCAUCAUCAACAGAGUCGUGCAGCUUCUCAUCAUCACAUACUUCAUAGGAGACCCGAUGAUGGAGGCUGAGAAUUUCACCAUUUUUAUCAAGAACAGCAUCCGAUUCCCGAUGUUCAACUUCACCAAGGGGAAUUUCCUGCCAAACAUCACCAAGACAUACAUCAAGACCUGUAACUUCCACCCUGUGGAGCACCGCUACUGCCCUAUCUUCAGACUGGGGGACGUCCUGAAAUUCGCACACCAGGACUUCUAUGCUCUGGCGAGCCAGGUACAGCUGUGUGCGCGAGGAUAUGCCAAGUAUUACAAGAUGGAGAACGGCACAGAAUAUCGCACCCUGCUCAAAGCCUACGCCAUCAGAUUUGAUGUUCUUGUCUAUGGAAAUGUNGGGAAAUUUAACAUGAUUCCAACACUGAUCAACAUUGUGGCAGCUUUCACCUCAGUUGGAGUGGGCACUGUCCUUUGUGAUAUCAUCCUCUUGAACUUCCUGAAAGGGGCGGAGCAGUACAAGGCCAAGAAAUUUGAAGAGGUGUCCGAACACCAGAUCAGGUCGACCAUGUCCAACAGCAACGAUCUGUACAAGAGUAACCAGACGCUGUCCUUUAAAUAUGAUGAAAAACAGUCCACUGACUCAGGGGCCUUCUCCAUUGGACUGUAAGAGCGACUGACAAGAGAGCUGACAAAUGGGAAAGGAGCUGGAUGGAGGGGUGGGGCUUCAACAAUGAUCCACUUCCUUUCAUUGAGCAGAAAAAAGCACAUUAUUACAAAACAGUAAAUCAGUAUGAAUAUGAGAUACAAAUAAGACAAUGUAGGACAACUGCAAAUACUAUUAAAUAUUUCUGCAUGCUAGAGCACACAAUUGCAAUAACUUUGUAUGCCAGUUAUAUAUACAGACAGAACCCUCUUUGUUCUCCACUGUGUCUCCUUUUCAACUCUGUAAAUGUCUAUAUUACUUGAUCUGCUCCUCUAUAAUUUCAUCUCUCACUCUAUCUCCUGUCCUGUAUGGUAAUGGAAUCAGCUGCUCUAUUCCACACAUCCGGAUGGGAAACUUUAAGUAAUAAGACAUAACAUUUAAUUAUUUUCCCUAAUACACACAACAGGACAGGAGACUCAGUGAAAGGAGAUGGCAGGGGAUAAAAAUUUGUAGUUUUCUGUAAUUUAAAUGAUAGCUGUUUGAAUAUUAAGUAUUAAGCACUGUAAACAGUUGUCACCUAAAUAAAGCACAAGUGAAAAGUGAUUUGCACUAAUUUCUCUAUAAAUUUGUUUUCUUAUGAUAAGAAAACAUUGCCAAUGUGAUGUAUUCACUUAUG